AUGGAUAACUUCAUGAACAUGACCGAGGAUGUCGGGCACAGCCCCGAGCUCCAGCGUCUUCGUGACCUCAACGCCGUCUACUUCGACGCGUUGGACCACAAGCUCGCCGUGGCGCCCGUCAACCUCGACGAGCCGGGAAAAAGUAUCCUCGACUCCGGCACUGCUGAUGGCAUCUGGCUCCGCGACCUGCGCAGCACCGUCACGGCGGAGCACGAGUACUUCGGCAGCGACAUCGAGGGCGAGCUCUUCCCCUCCCAACCGGACGGCAUCAAGUACUUCCAACACUCAUUCAAGGACCUGUGGCCGCAGGACCUCCCGUCGCGGCCGACAGAGGUCGUCCGGAACCUCGCGACGCUUGCGAAGCCUGGCAGCUGGGUACAGCUGCAGGAGAUGAACGCCUUCACGGCGCCGCCCAACGGGCCCGCCAUAACCGACUUCGCGCGCAUGGCGUCCGAGAACUGGACGGGUAUCGGCGUCGGCGAUUUCGCCAACGAGCUGGCGUCCUACCUGCGCGAGGGCGGCCUGAAGAACGUGCAGAAGAGGAGGGUCAUGUGCAGGCUCGGGAAAAGUACGAAACCGGAACUGCGCGAGCAAAGCGUUAACGGGGUCACGGGGCCAAUCGAGCCGCUCGUGUCCUUCGCGCGGAGCGUCAAGUUGUCCUUCACCGGGGAUGAGCGUUCAGCCAUGAAGAGCAGGGUGAAGGCCGAGCUCAAGAACAAUGGCGGCAUCAUCGAGGUGGUCAUUGCCUUUGGACAGCGGGAGUGA